AAUCUUGGUGUGGUGUUUUUUGAAACUGGGAACUACGACAAAGCUAUAGAGUUUAACGAAAAAGCUCUGGAAAUUCGAAAACAAUCGUUAGGUCCAAAUCAUGUUAAUGUCGCUAUGUCUUUGAACAAUCUUGGUACGAUGUAUAAAGAAACUGGAAACUACGACAAAGCUAUAGAGUUUUACGAAAAAGUUCUGGAAAUUCAAAAACAAUCGUUAGGUCCAAAUCAUGUUGAUGUCGCUGCGUCCUUAAACAAUCUUGGUAAUGUGUAUUGUAAUACGGGAAACUACGACAAAGCUAUAAAGUUUUACGAAAAAGCUCUGGAAAUUAGGAAACAAUCGUUAGGUUUAAAUCAUGUUGAUGUCGCUGCGUCUUUAAACAAUCUUGGUGUGGUGUUUUUUGAAACUGGAAACUACAACAAAGCUAUAGAGUUUAACGAAAAAGCUCUGGAAAUUCGAAAACAAUCGUUAGGUCCAAAUCAUGUUAAUGUCGCUAUGUCUUUGAACAAUCUUGGUACGAUGUAUGAAGAAACUGGAAACUACGACAAAGCUAUAGAGUUUUACGAAAAAGCUCUGGAAAUUAGGAAACAAUCGUUAGAUCCAAAUAGUGUUGAUGUUGCCGCGUCUCUAAACAAUCUUGGUAUGGUGAUUUAUAAAACUGGAAACUACGACAAGUCUAUAGAGUUUUACGAAAAAGCUCUGGAAAUUCAAAAACAAUCGUUAGAUCCAAAUCAUCUUGAUGUCGCUGUGUCUUUAAACAAUCUAGGUAUGGUGUAUUCCCCAACUGGAAACUACGACAAAGCUAUUGAGUUUUACGAAAAAGCUCUGGAAAUUAGGAAAGGUACGAUGUAUGAAGAAAAUGGAAACUACGACAAAGCUAUAGAGUUUUACGAAAAAGCUCUGGAAAUUAGGAAACAAUCGUUAGAUCCAAAUAGUGUUGAUGUUGCCGCGUCUCUAAACAAUCUUGGUAUGGUGCUUAUAAAACUGGAAACUACGACAAGUCAAACUGGAAAUUACGACAACGCAAUUGAGUUUUACGAAAAAGCUCUGGAAAUUCAAAAACAAUCGUUAGAUCCAAAUCAUCUUGAUGUCGCUGUGUCUUUAAACAAUCUAGAAACUGGAAAUUACGACAACGCAAUUGAGUUUUACGAAAAAGCUCUGGAAAUUCAAAAACAAUCGUUAGAUCCAAAUCAUCUUGAUGUCGCUGUGUCUUUAAACAAUCUAGACAAUCUUGGUAAUGUGUAUUGUAAUACGGGAAACUACGACAAAGCUAUAAAGUUUUACGAAAAAGCUCUGGAAAUUAGGAAACAAUCGUUAGGUUUAAAUCAUGUUGAUGUCGCUGCGUCUUUAAACAAUCUUGGUGUGGUGUUUUUUGAAACUGGAAACUACGACAAAGCUAUAGAGUUUAACGAAAAAGCUCUGGAAAUUCGAAAACAAUCGUUAGGUCGAAAUCAUGUUAAUGUCGCUUCAUCUUUAAACAAUCUUGGUAUUGUACUUAAUAUAAUUGGAAACUACGACAAAGCUCUAGAGGUUCACGAAAAAGCUCUGGAAAUUAAAAAAAAAUCGUUAGGUGCAACUCAUGUUGAAGUUGCUGUGUCUUUAUACAAUCUUGGUAAUGUGUAUUUUAAAACUAGAAACUACGAGAAAGCUAUAGACUUUCACGAAAGAGCUCUGGAAAUUCAAAAACGAUCGUUAGGUCCAACUCAUGUUGAUGUCGCUUCGUCUUUAAACAGUCUUGGUGUGGUGUUACAAAAAACUGGAAACUACAACAAAGCUAUAGAGUUUUACGAAAAGCUCUGGAAAUUCGAAAACAAUCGUUAG